AUGACUUCAGACGUCACCCCACCAUCCGGCGUCCGCGUAGUCGUCACGGCCCACGAUGAGGAGGGAACCUCCAUCGUCCACUCGGACCAAAUACACGAACCCUUCAUGCCUUUCGGGCUCGGAGGAAGUUCCUUCUCGAUCUUUGACACUCGUUCUUCGGUGCCUAUAAAUAAUAAGGGAGAACCGCAGUACCUCCAGAACACGAUUCCCCGUCCCGAGCCGGCGGGUGUCACAUUCUGCAUAGCCAAUUUGGCGCCCCACCACAGCUCACCGAUGCACCGCACGCUAAGUUUAGACUACUGCGCCGUACUGUCGGGUGAGAUUGUGCUUGAGCUGGACGGUGGUGAGGAGAGGACCAUUAAGACGGGCGAGGUGGUUGUGCAGCAGGGUGCCAACCACGUGUGGCAUAACCGCACGGAUGAAGUCUGUAGAAUUGUAUUCGUCAUGGUGGGGGCGGAAAAGAUUAAACUUUCGAACGGACAGGAGUUGAGGGAGACCCCGAUCGGAAAUAGUUCUAAUUCUUGCUUAGAUUCCCUAGAGGAGCGGGUUUAUGCUUGA